UAAUAUUCCUUUUGACUAAUCAUUUCCUGCUUAUUAUCAUUAUUGUAAUGGUGCUGAAAACGAACUGAUGGACCAUUGAACCACCAAUCCACAAUUUGCUCUUUAUAUAUAAGUGUUUGUGUGUGUAAUACGUGUUUUUGUACAUAUAUGAGUAUGUAUAAUGAAUGCAAUCCAUCUGCCGGCUUAUGCGGCUUCAUUACAAUAGAAAAUGAUGCUUAUUCUUAUCCAGCAAAACAAACCACCAAAAGAAAAUAUAAAUUAAUAAACCAAAAAAGGUUGGAAAGGUAAAGUGGAAGAUUGAUAAUUCACGUUAUGUGGCUUUAUGGGAUUCCCUUUCCCUCUUCCAAGGAUUUCAAUAUCAACACCAUGUAUACAAACCCUUUUUAAUAUGCUUUCUUGAUUCUUCUCUCUUCCUGUUCUUCUUCAUCAUCUUCUUCUUCUUGUUGAUUGUGUGGUAAUAUUAAGACUAAAAGAGAAAGAAUGAGAGACUGGGCUGCUCCACUGAUAGCUACGGCUUUGUUUGCAGUAUUGGCACCGGGGAUGCUGUUUCAAAUGCCAGGGAAGGAGUUCCCUUUCCAAUUCAUGAACAUGAAGACCAGUUUUGCUUCCAUGUUUGUUCAUGCUGUUAUCUAUGGUUUGCUUCUUAUUUUAUUUCUUGUUAUUCUUGAUGUCCAUCUCUAUGCCUAGCUAGGUGGCCUACCUAGGAAAUCAGAAACCAGAUAGAAGCUUCUUUGGAGUACUUUUGUUAAAUUAUUCCUUUCUUUUUCCUAGUGAUUUUUCUCUUUUCAAUUUUAUUACAUGUAAGACAGAGUCCAUGGAGUUUCUUGUAUGUGGAAAUGAAUAUGUUAAAGCCAAUUCCUAGGAGAAAAUUACUUUUUUACUUUCUGAUUUGUAAUUCAUAUUUUCAAAGGAUGAUGAGCAAUUGAGAAAUUAGCUUUUCUUUUC